CUGCUGGGCGCCUAAGGUUUCAGGGCAGUUGUUUACCAGCCGCCGUCCGAUGAGCUUCUGGGCCGUUCGCACCGCGGUCGGCGAAGCUGGAAGCGCAGAUCAUGUUAGCAGCCUGGUACCUGAACUUCGUCACCUUGGGACUCAGCGGCGUGGGAAAACUAGUGUUAGCCCUGGGUGGACAUACUCAACAGAUCUCUGUGCAUUCUACAUAUGAGAUUAUAAUUCCCAGAAGAUUAAUAGACAGGGAGAAGCGCUGGACACAUUUUAAUGAGGAACGCUUAGAUGAUCAGCUGUCUUACCUGAUUCAAACUGGAAAUGGAACACACAUUCUGAAAUUAAAGAAAAAUAAAAACCUUCUUGGGAAAGAGUUCACAAUAUAUACCUAUAGCCAAGAGGGCGAGUUGGAGAAUACUCCUAUUGAAACCCAGACCCACUGUUACUACCAUGGAAAUGUUGAAGGAAUUCCAGAUUCCCUGCUUGCCCUCAGUACCUGUGAUGGCCUUAGGGGAAUCCUCUAUAUUGGUGAAAAACAAUAUGGCAUGGAGCCAGUCAAGGGAUCAAAUAAAUUUGAACACUUUUUUUAUGUAUUAGAUAAUUCUCAUCAACAGCCCUUUUCAUGUGGUGUACAAAAUGAUGACCAGUAUCAUGAACAUAUCUUAAAAUACACCAAUAUAUCACAUAGUCUUUUCAGUAAGGAUACACUUCUAAGGAAAAGAAGAGCUGUGCUGCCAGAUAAACGAUACAUCGAACUCUAUAUGGUUGUUGAUAAGAACAGGUAUUCGUUGAAAACAACUGUUGAAGCUGUACAGAAAGAAACAGUUGAAUUGAUUAAUUAUGUAGAUGGGAUGUUUAGGCCCUUAAACAUACAAGUUGUCCUAGUUGGACUGGAAAUAUGGACACAUGGAAACCCCAUAGAGGUGAAUAGCGGUUCAGCUGGAGAUGUGUUGGACAGAUUUGUGACUUGGAGGAAGACAAAUCUCAUUAAGAGAUCAAGAAAUGAUAUUGGCCAUCUCAUCAUAGGGAGAAGGCCAUUUGAUUCAACAGUUGGAAUGGCUUACGUUGGCACAGUCUGUAGUGCAGAUCAUGGAGGGUCAAUCACUACCUUCUAUCAGAACUCUGCGAUAAGUCAAGCUACAAUUGUUGCACAUGAGUUGGGACAUAAUCUGGGUAUGAAUCAUGAUGAUGGAAGAUGUCCAAAUUCCUAUAUAAUGUACAGUUCAGAUAAUGGGUCCAAGAACUUCAGCAGCUGCAGCUCCAAUGAUUUUGAACAUCUCAUCUUGAGAGGUGGAGGAAGCUGUCUCGGAAAUUCUCCCAAGCCAAGUGAUAUAUUCACAGAGCCCAUGUGUGGCAAUAACAUUGUGGAUAGGAAUGAAGAAUGUGAUUGUGGCACUCCAAAAGAAUGUACCAAUCCUUGUUGUGAUGCUACGACUUGCAAGCUAACCUUUGGGUCAGCAUGUGCUGAAGGAUUGUGCUGUGAAAAGUGUCAGUUCAAGGUAGCAGGAAUGGAAUGUCGACCAAAAUCAAAUGUCUGUGAUCUCCCUGAAUAUUGCAAUGGAACCUACUAUGACUGUCCGGAAGAUGUGUAUGUGAUGGAUGGCUACCCGUGUAAUGAUAUGAAAGACUACUGCUACAGUGGAAUAUGUCAGAGUUACGAUUCUCAAUGUGAAUCCCUCUUUGGAAAAGGAGCAGAGAAAGGGCCGAAUGUUUGUUUUGAAAGAGCCAAUAGCAAAGGAGACAGAUUUGGCAAUUGUGGAAUGUUGGGGUCAGGUUUUGUAAAAUGCUCCCAAGCCAACAGUUUAUGCGGCAAGAUUCACUGUACAUCUUUCAAACAAGAGAAUCUCCCUUCCCAGUAUUUCAUCCAAACUCAAGAUGGAAUUUCAUGUGUGUCUACUGAAUUUAAUCUAGGAUCAGAUGUUCCUGAUCCAGCACUGGUUCAUAAAGGCACUUCUUGUGCCGAAGGAAAAGCCUGUAUUGAUUAUAAGUGUAUGAAUGCAAGCUUGCUUGGUUACAACUGUGACAUAAAGAAAAAGUGUAAUGGCCGGGCGGUAUGUAACAACAAAGGCAAUUGCCACUGUGAUCCUGGGUGGGCACCUCCUUUUUGUGACAAAUCAGGCUAUGGUGGCAGCAUAGAUAGUGGUCCAACUCAUAUAGAUACAUCCCUUCGAGAUGGCCUUCUGAUAUUUUUUUUACUUGUGUUGCCUAUAUUAAUUCUACUUGCAAUUUCAAUUAUCAAGAGGAAAGCAAUUAAAAGGCGUCUCUGCAGAGAACGUAGAAGACAUUACAGGGCUGAAAAUGCACAGCAAAGGAGACUACCGCCCGCAAAACAGAAUAAUGCUCCGAGUGAACCAAAUCCACCAGAGGCAAUGAAUAGAAGGCGGCCUGCCACUUCGGAUUCAGGAAUCUUUACAAUAUCUCACUUUCCAACUCCAAGGCCACCAGUACAAAAUCAAUUUGUUCCAUCUCCACAAAGACCUCCUUUACAACCACCAAUUUCACAAAGACCUCCUUUACGACCACCAAUUCUACAAAGACCUCCUUUACGACCACCAAUUCCACAAAAUCCUCCUUUACGACCACCAAUUCCACAAAAUCCUCCUUUAAGACCACCAAUUCCACAAAAUCCUCCUUUAAGACCACCAAUUCCACAAAAACCUGUUUUCUCUACUCCAUCAUGAAGAAUUGUAAAGAAAUGUACUGUAUGAUGCUAGGAAAAAAUAUGACAAUAUUGUAUCAGUGAAAUGUAUUAAAGUAUUAUUUUUAGAAAUAUACAAAUGAAGACCUCAAUUUAAUUGCUAAAACAGGACUAAAUUUUCAACUAAAGAUUUACUUUAGGGUCCCUUGCCCCACCAAAUCAUUAGAUAGGAAAGAACAUGCUGCCUUAAUUAUUAGACCACAGGAUAUUGCUUUUAUAAGCAGUACUGGUCUCAUACCAAUGAAGAUAAAGCCUUAUGCCCUUAUAUAGGGCCAAACUAGAUGUUAUAGUAAAUGUGAUCAGAAACUUUGUCAAACUUACAAAAUGUAGGACAGGUAUCUGCAAUUUUUAUUUGGAGAAGAGGUGGUUAGGGCUUUCCUUCUCUAGCUGUGGCCCCAAUGAGAUUCCUCCCUUUCCUUCUCUCCUCACUCCUAACAUAUAUUAAUUGUUAACAUUACAAGUAAAAACUCAUUGAGGUUAGUGGGGAGAUGGUACCAUGCCCUUAAGAUGAUGCUUGGGGAAGGAAUAGUUAAAUCUGUCACACAAACUCACUUCCUAUACUAUGAUCCCAGUAAAAAUUGGGGAAGACUGCUGCUCUUACUUUGGUGACAGAUUUACUAACUAUACAGUUACAACAAAUGCUCUGGUUUUUUUAAAAUGUACAAUUUCUUCUUUGUAGUUGGUUGGUUUAUAUAUAAAGAAACAAUGUGAAUGGAAUAUAAUGAAGUGAAUGAGUGAAGCACAAGACUGAUUACAAAAAUAAAUCAGUCAAUGAAGGAAGGGUUAUCUGUUUGAGCAAAGAUCAGAAGGUGAUUUGUAUUGCCUAAAAUCAACAAACGUCACUUGACAGCCAUUGGUACACUUUUGUUGAUCCAUAUGUGUACUGCUCAUUACACACAGGAAGAUUUGAGGAUGAGUCACACUAUCCUUAAAUGUUUAAAUGAUCAUGUUCUUGUAGGAUAUUUCUAAAGAUUCUUUCAAGUUUCCAGGUAAAAUGAAAAUAUAUUUUAAAUGUUUUCUUCUAAUGCUGAAAUGGAUGAUACUUCUGUUUUCAUGUUAUAAAUCUGUGAAAGCUAUGUGUUCUUAUUAAUAGCUUUAUCUGGUCAUUUGAUAUUCAUGUUAGUAUUGUAUUAACAUGAGACAAAAGGCCAACUACAUACUGAAACAUGACAGUAAGUCAUGUUUUAACUAUGAUUUAAUGAAUAAACCACAAUUGACUGGGCUCAUUAAGCAUGUCCUAUCAUUUCAGGUUCAUAACAGUAAUUUGCAUGGUUUUCCAAAUUCUUUAAAGUGCAACAAUGCCACAUUUCUGAUGACCCUGAUGGUAAUUUUGGCAGAAAUAUGACACUUCCACAUGGAUUCAUUAUACCAAAGACUUGAUUAAAGAGUACUGUUUUCUGGUGAGGGGAAAAAACCACCUGUAUCUCUACAGUGUUACAGCCUUUGUUUAAAGUCACAUCAUAAUUGCAGCUUGAAUAAAUAUAUAUUGUGAA